AUGGGGACUGACAGUGAAAACAUGGUCCUGAGGAACGUGCUCAUCAGCUUCAAUUUGCUCCUGCUGGGUACUGUCCUCAAACCUUUUGAGUGCCAUCUGGAGGUGACGACAGAGCCGGGCAAGAGGCUGGCUGUGGAUGAGGAGGGUGGACUCACCAACUGCAGCCCACCCGUCAAAGAGCAGCCCAUGGUCUUCCACCACAUCUACAACAUCAACAUCCCCCUGGAGAGCUGCUGCUCAUCCAUGUUCAAGCCUUCAUCCGAGGAGGUGAGCCCAGAAGAGGAGCGGCUGGCGGAGUACGAGGAGCAAACUUCCAACGGGGAGAGCCAGGUCACCUUCACCCACAGGAUAAACCUCCCCAAGCAGGCCUGCAAGUGCUCCACCUCCCUGCCAUCCCUGCAGGAGCUGCUCAGCAGGAUUGAGAUGCUGGAAAGGGAAGUCUCCUUGCUCCGGGACCAAUGCAGCUCCAAUUGCUGCCAAGAAAAUGCAGCCACAGGACAGCUGGAUUUCACCCCGCAGUGCAGCGGCCACGGGAACUUCAGCCUGGAAUCCUGCAGCUGUGUCUGCACCAAGGGCUGGGAGGGCAGCAACUGCUCCGAGCCCAGCUGCCCUCAGGGCUGCUCCAGCCGGGGUGUCUGCUUGGAGGGACAGUGCAUCUGUGACAAUGACUACGGGGGGGACGACUGCUCCCAGCUCCGCUGCCCCGCUGGCUGCGGCUCCCACGGACUCUGCGUGGAUGGGGAGUGCAUCUGCGAGGAGGGGUUUGCUGGGGAGGAUUGCUCCCAGCUGAGGUGCCCUAAUGAUUGCUUGGGGAAAGGCCAGUGCCUCAAUGGCACCUGCAUCUGCCAGGAGGGCUACGCCGGGGAGGACUGUGGAUGGUUACACUGCCCCAACGCCUGCAGCGGCCACGGGGUCUGCCGGGACGGCCUCUGCGUCUGCGAGGAAGGCUACGAAGGGCAGGACUGCUCGGCAGUGGCUCCUCCUGCAAACCUGCGGGUGACAGGGAUCAGUGACAGCUCCAUCGAGCUGACGUGGGACAGCCCUGGGACAGCCACCGAGUACCUUGUGUCAUACCAGCCCGUGGAGCCAGGGGGCACCCAGCUCCAGCAGCGGGUGCCUGGGGACUGGAGCAGCAUCACCAUCAUGGAGCUGGAGCCAGGGGUUGCCUACAACAUCAGCAUCUACGCAAUCAUCAGCGACGUCUUGAGCAUCCCUGUUACCUCCAAAGUGAUAACAAACCUUGCCAUGCCACAAGGGCUGAAGUUCAAGACCAUCACAGAGACAACAGUGGAAGUGGAAUGGGAGCCCUUCUCUUUCCCCUUUGAUGGCUGGGAGAUCAGCUUCAUCCCUAAGAAUAACGAGGGCGGCGUGAUAGCCCAGCUCCCCAGCACUGUCACCACCUUCAACCAGACGGGGCUGAAGCCUGGGGAGGAGUACAUCGUCACCGUGGUGGCCCUAAAGGAACAAGCCAGGAGCCCUCCCACCUCUGACAGUGUCUCAACCCUCAUCGAUGGCCCGACGCAGAUCCUGGUGCGCGACGUCUCCGACACCGUGGCCUUCGUGGAGUGGACGCCGCCCCGCGCCAAGGUGGACGCCAUCCUCCUGAAGUACGGGCUGGCGGACGGGGAGGGCGGGAAGACCACGUUCCGCCUGCAGCCCCCCCUCAGCCAGUACUCCCUGCAGGCCCUGCGCCCCGGCGCCCGCUACCGCCUCGCCGUCACUGCCCUGCGGGGCAACAACGAGAGCCGGCCGGCCCUCGCCCACUUCACCACAGAGAUUGAUGCACCCAAGAACUUGCGGGUGGGCUCGAGGACCCCGGCCAGCCUGGAGCUCACCUGGGACAACAGCGAGGCCGAGGCACACAGCUACAGGGUGGUCUACAGCACCCUGGCUGGGGAGCACUACCACGAAGUCUUGGUGCCACGUGACACUGGUCCCACCACCCGGGCCACCCUUGCAGAUCUGGUGCCAGGGACAGAGUACGGCAUUGGGAUCUCAGCUGUGAUGGACACCCAGCAGAGCGUGCCUGCCACUAUGAAUGCCAGGACUGAACUUGAUAGCCCCCGGGACCUCCUUGUGACAGCUUCCACGGAGACCUCCAUCUCCCUGGCCUGGACCAAAGCCAUGGGACCCAUUGACCACUACCGUGUCACCUUCACCCCUGCCUCAGGGAUGGCUUCAGAGGUGACAGUGCCCCAGGACAAGUCACAGCUGACUCUGACAGGGCUGGAGCCUGGGACGGAGUACACCAUCUCCAUCAUCGCUGAGAGGGGACGGCAGCAGAGCCUGGAGGCCACUGUGGAUGCUUUCACAGGGGUUCGGCCCAUCACACAGCUCCACUUCUCCGACCUGACAUCCUCCAGCGUCAAUGUCACGUGGAGCGAUCCAUCCCCACCAGCAGACCUCCUGGUUCUCACCUACACCCCCCAGGAUGAGGAUGAUGAGGAGGAGGCACAGCAGCUCACACUCGAUGGCACCCGCAGGCACGCCAGCCUGACUGGCUUGAGGCCAGCCACCAAAUACCUGGUGUCACUGGUUGCCAUGCACGGUGCCAUCAGCUCCGAGCCUGUCAUGGGCUCCAUCACGACAGGGAUUGAUGCACCAAAGGACCUCAGGGUGGGCAACAUCACCCAGGAGUCCAUGAUCAUCUACUGGAGCCCUCCCACUGCUGCCUUCGACCACUACAGGAUAUCCUAUCGUGACAAUGAAGGGAGGACAGACAGCACUGCCAUCACCAACGAUGCCACCGAGUAUGUCCUCCACCACCUGCAGCCUGCCACCAAGUACCAGAUCGAGGUGACGAGCGUGAGGGGCCAGGAGGAGAGUGAGGUGGCCUCCAUCACUGUGCACACAGCUAUGGAUGCCCCCCUGGGGAUCACUGCCACUAACAUCACCCCCACCGAGGCACUGCUGCAGUGGAACCCACCGCUGUCAGAGGUGGAAAGCUACGUCCUCAUCCUCACCCACCACACAGGAGAAACAAUUGUUGUGGAUGGACUCAACCAGGAGCGCCAGCUGACCAACCUCCUGCCCACAACCACAUACACAGUCUCUAUCUAUGCCACCAAUGGGCCUAUCACCAGCCAGACCACCAGCACCAACUUCACAACUCUUUUGGAUCCACCAACAAAUCUGACGGCCAGCGAAGUGACCCGACGGAGUGCCCUGCUCUCCUGGGUGCCUCCCCUGGGAGAGAUUGAGAAUUAUAUCAUGACCUACAGAUCCACCAACAGCAGCCGUAAGGAGCUGAUUGUGGAUGCUGAAGACACAUGGAUUCGCCUAGAGGGACUUUCUGAGACCACAGAGUACACUGUGCACCUCCAGGCUGCCCAAAACGCCAUGCGGAGCGGCUCCAUCUCCACCUCUUUCACCACAGGUGGCAGAGUCUUUGCAAACCCUCAGGACUGUGCCCAGCACCUGAUGAAUGGAGACACACUGAGUGGAAUCUACACCAUCUCUAUCAACGGGGACCUCAGCCAGAGGGUGCAGGUGUACUGUGACAUGACCACCGAUGGUGGCGGCUGGAUCGUCUUCCAGAGGAGGCAGAAUGGGCUGACAGAUUUCUUCCGGAAAUGGGCAGAUUACCGGGUUGGCUUUGGAAACUUGGAGGAUGAGUUUUGGCUGGGCUUGGACAACAUCCACAAGAUCACAUCCCAGGGCCGCUACGAGUUGCGAAUAGACAUGAGGGAUGGGCAAGAAGCAGCCUAUGCCUACUAUGACAAGUUCUCCAUUGGUGACUCCAGGACCCUGUACAAGCUGAGAAUUGGGGACUACAAUGGCACUUCAGGGGACUCCCUCACCUAUCACCAGGGCCGCCCCUUCUCCACCAAGGACAGGGACAAUGAUGUUGCUGUGACCAACUGUGCCAUGUCCUACAAAGGGGCCUGGUGGUAUAAGAACUGCCACAGGACCAACCUCAACGGCAAGUACGGAGAGUCCCGGCACAGUCAGGGGAUUAACUGGUACCACUGGAAAGGCCAUGAGUUCUCCAUCCCCUUUGUGGAAAUGAAGAUGCGACCUUACAACCACCGUAACAUCUCUGGGAGGAAGCGACGGUCCCUACACCUCUGA